UCCCUGCGUUGGGCUUAUCCGGUCGCAAUUGCGAGGCGCUUAUCUUCCCUAAUCCGCAUUUGGCGGAUGCACCUUUCAGCGCCGGCUCUAUAUUGCCUGGAGCCUGGAGUGUAGGUAUAAAUAAGAGUGUAUGGACGUGUCAUCCAUGGAGACGGUGUCUGAUGUAUGUUUACCGUUGGUUUCGGGCUCCGACAUGAAACGAAAAUGACGCCAGCAUCGUAUAGCACCGGAUAGGUCGAUAGUAGAUAUGACAUCAACCGCAACAACAACAGCCACUACGCUACAAAACGUCAGCAUUCCUUCGCAGGUGAAGCCAGCCAGCACUAAGGGAUACACCGUAAGCAAGAGCGGGGCAGACACUUUGUCAUUCGGAAAUGCCAACCCACACCAGAUUCCGAAGUUCGACGACCCGUACAAGGAGCGGGAGUGGAUCUUGGAACACAUGGCCGGUGUGUUCAGAGUCUUCGGUAGAAGAGGCUUCACCGAGGGCUCUGCGGGCCACAUCUCCGUGAGAGAUCCUGUUGACCCAACCACAUUCUGGAUCAACCCGUUGGGGAUCCACUUCUCGCUCUUGAAGGCCUCCGACAUGGUCCGGGUCGACGAGGAGGGUAACCUUGUGGGCGGGAACACGUCGGCGCCUAUCAACGCCGCUGGGUUUGCGAUCCAUUCUGCCUUGCACAAGGCAAGACCAGACAUCAAUGCCGCAUGUCACACACACUCCAAGUACGGAAAGGCGUACUCAACAUUUGGCAAGCCGCUCGAGAUGAUCAACCAGGAUGCCUGCAUAAUAUACAACAACCAAGCAGUGUAUGAUGAUUUCGGGGGAGUGGCAAUCGAAAAGGAGGAGGGCGAAGCCAUCGCCAAGGCUGCCGGUGAGUCCAACCGCUGCAUCAUCUUGCAGAAUCACGGCUUGCUAACUGCAGGCAGAACCGUCGACGAAGCUGGUUACUUGUUCACAUUGAUGGAAACCUCGUGCGAGGUGCAGCUCCUGGCAGACGCUGCAGCUGCAGGUGGCAAGGAAAAGAAAAUCAUCCCAGCCCCAGAAGCUGCUUACACCGCAUCUGUGGAAGGCGACUCAGACAAGCUGUAUUUGGACUUCCAAAACGACUUGUCCUACGAGAUCGCAAUGGACGACUCUUUCAUGACGUUCACUAAAGCCAACUAAAUAUAAGCUCCUAUUUCCUGCUUUUGUAAGCUUAAUUGUUAUAGUAAACAAACUUUUC